ACUAGUUCAGCUUCCAGCCUUCUCGCUGCUCCGUUCUCCUCGUUUUAUUACAUCUCUUACUAAUAACUUCUUCUAUUUGGAGUUUUACCUUUCGCAGAGAAAAAAGCUGCACGCGUAAAGAGAUUAUCAGAGGAGAAAAAAAUGCGGCUGUCUGGACUUAUGUAGCCGGGAAACCCGUGCACCGUGGAAGAAGCUGCGUAAAGUUUCCCAAACUCCGUUCUGAGCAGGUGAAGCUGGAGAUCUGAGCGAGGAUGGAGCGCUUUGUGGGACUAAUAGGAUAAACACAUCGCGUUGACUGGUCUUUUUUUUUUUUUUAUUAUUAGUAUUAUUAUUAUUUUUAUGGAUUCAGAUCACAGCGCGCAGCUCCUUAUUCCAAACAUGCCUUUUUAUCUGAGAGGUCAGCUCGUUAGGACGCCGGAGGAGCCAGUUGUCACCCCUGGCUCGGGCAAUUUGUUGCGUGAGUAGGCCUGUAUGGGUGCAAGCUCAUCGGAUUACUCGACAAAGAUUUUUAUUUUAUUUUAUUUUAUUUUUUCCCGAACGUCCCGAGAUGAAGGAAAAAUCCAAGAACGCGGCAAAGACUCGGAGAGAAAAGGAGAACGGGGAGUUUUACGAGCUGGCCAAGCUGCUGCCUCUGCCCGCGGCCAUCACCUCCCAGCUGGACAAGGCCUCCAUCAUCCGGCUGACCAGCAGCUACCUCAGGAUGAGGGAAGUCUUCCCGGACGGUCUGGGUGGCGACUGGGGACAGUCAACGACGCUGAGCCCUCUGGACAAAAUGGCAAAAGAGCUGGGUUCCCACCUUUUACAAACUCUGGAUGGCUUCGUGUUUGUCGUCGCCUCCGAUGGCAAAAUCAUGUACAUCUCAGAGACGGCAUCGGUCCACCUCGGCCUGUCCCAGGUGGAGCUAACGGGAAACAGUAUAUUUGAGUACAUCCACCCAUCGGACCACGAUGAGAUGUCGGCAAUGCUGGGCCUGUGCCCGCCCCCACACCACCACUUCUCUCCAGAGUACGAAAUUGAGCGUUCCUUCUUCUUGAGGAUGAAGUGCGUUCUUGCCAAACGAAACGCUGGACUGACAUGUGGAGGAUAUAAGGUCAUCCACUGCAGUGGCUACCUGAAGGUGCGUCAGUACAUGGUGGACCUGGCGCUGUACGAAUCCUGUUACCGGACGGUGGGUUUGAUGGCAGUCGGUCACUCCCUGCCUCCCAGCGGCGUUACCGAGAUCAAACUCCACAGCAACAUGUUCAUGUUCCGGGCCAGCCUGGACUUUAAGCUCAUCUUCUUGGACAUGAGGGUGGCGGAGCUGACGGGAUAUGAGCCUCAGGACCUGAUCGAGAAGACUCUCUACCACCACGUCCACGCCUGCGACGUUUUCCAUCUGCGUUAUGCCCACCAUUUGUUACUAGUGAAGGGACAGGUCACCACCAAGUAUUACCGCAUGUUAUCGAAGCACGGAGGCUGGGUGUGGGUACAAAGCUGCGCCACCAUCGUCCACAACAGCCGAUCCUCCAGACCUCACUGUAUUGUCAGCGUGAACCACGUCCUCACUGACACCGAGUGCAAGGAGCUGCAGUUAUCUGAAGACCAGAGUCAAGCCAGUCAGCCUGGUCCAAGCGCCCCGUACGCUCAAGACCGCCGCAAACAAAUCAGAAUCAAAGGAGUCAAGAUGACCAAACUCAGAACAACUCCCUAUUCUGAGCAAGCCACUAGGCUCCUGCGCAAAGACCAUUCAAGCUGGUCCCUGCAGAAGGUGCUGUGGAAGGAACAACCCCUGUACCCGGCGACCCCCUGCAGGGAAAAGAGCUCUAGCUUGAGCCAAGACCUGAGUCCAGUGUCCUGCAGCCCCGCUCACAAUCGGACCCUGCACCUCCCCUAUAACCUCCAGCAACUGGACGCUCAGCUGCCUGGCUCCAUUCCCUCCUCUCAGCUUUCUCAGCCGAUCUUCAGCUCCCCGCACAGCAGAGGGUCCGUUGGAUGGAAAAUCAGCAGUCCCACGGCAUCCGACAAAUACACAGGGCCUAUGCUGGCAGUUGACCUUAGCUGCUCCGAUGAUUGUUCCAGCAGCAAACAUCCUUGUUCUACGGGCAGGCUGAAGGAAGAACCCUGUGAUUAUUACACACUCGUCCACCACAGCAAUGCAUCUGAGGUUUGUCCACAACCCAGGCUUCCCGACACCAAGGAGUCGAAGCUCUUGAAACAAGACAUCCAACAUAAUACAAGAGGUCUCGAGGGACUCCGAGGUGACCAGGCCCUGAAAGGCCCUCUGCUCAGCAGCCUCUGCAUGAUGGAGCGGCCCUACAGGCACCCCAGCUGCAGGAUAUCCAAAGCUUGCUGAUGGCCACCAGCAGGAGAUACAAACACAGUUCCAGUGAAUGCUAACCCUUUACAGAGGACCACAAGCAGAGCCCCAGCUCCAGCUCAUCCUGAGGGCCAUAGACAGAGCCCUCGUUACGUCGACACAUGGGCAGUCGAAGCUUAUUUCAUUGUUCAGAUAUUCAGAGAUGGUGCCUAACGCCAAGGUGAUUUACCAGAUGUGUAAAAAAAAAAACUAAAAAACACAAGGAUGUUGAACCUCUGAAGAUUCUAAAUAAAAAAUACACAAAAUGCCACAAAAUUCAAAAAAGCAUCACAAAUUCCACCACUCUUCUUCCGCUUAUCCGGCUCUGGGUCAUGGGGGCAUCAGCCUCAGCAGAAAACUCCAGAUGACCUCUUCCACCAACUCUUCUGGAGAAAUCCCCAGGUGUUCCAAGAAUAAACAGGAGAUAUAAUCCCUCCAUCGUGUCCUGGGCCAAUCCGAAGGCCUCCUUCCGGUGGGAUAUGCCUGAAACAUCUCUGACAGGAGGCAUCCUUAACUCAACUGACUCUACUCCGAGCUCCUUACCCCAUCUCUGAGGCUAUGUCCAGCCACCCUGUGAAUGAAACUCAUUUCAGCCGCUUCACAAAGUCUCAAAUGGCAUGCAAAAUCAUACACAUACAAAUUUAAAAACGUAUCACAAAAAAGGAGAGGCAUGAUAUUUUAUGCAGAUAAUAUUAAAUGAUGAUAUGAUGUCACGUACUUUACUGCAGAUGUGCCCACAGGUCCAGUAGCUGCAUGUGCUCCAUACCACCAUGGAAGGAUUUAAUCAAUGAGCAGAUUCAGUACAUGUACCAACCAGGGCAAACGUUGUUAUAGCAGAGUAACACAUUCAUUCGUUAACCUGCUUUAUCCAAAUCGCCAAGCGCCAUCGAGAUAUGUCAUUUGCCCCAAAUGAUACAAAAAUAAAGUGGCUAAACCAGCGCUG